CACUGGUGACACUGGUGACAUUUGGUGACACCGGUGCCCCCGCGGCCCAGCCAUGAGCAGCGACCUGGACGUGUUCGUGGGGAACACCACGCUGAUCGACGAGGAGGUGUACCGGCUGUGGCUGGACGGACACUCGGUGGCCGAGGCGGUGGCGCGGCGGCUGCGGGGCGGGCUCCUGGAGCGCGAGGCCACCUCGGUGGCCGUGCUGCAGAGCGACACCCGCGACCACUACAGAACGUUCCAGAUGCUGGAGCGGCUCCUGCACGCGCCCCCCCGCCUGCUGCAGCAGCUGCUCUUCCAGAUCCCCCCCGAGCGGCAGGCCCUGCUCGUCCAGAGGUACUACGCCUUCGACGAGGCGCUGGCCCGGGAGCUGCUGGGCAAGAAACUCUCCAAGGGCACCAAGAAGGAGCUGGACGAGCCGCUUCGAGACGGGCAAGAGGCGCCUGCAGUUCCUGAGCUUCGGGGACUUCGCUGCCUGCGCCCAGAGCAUGAUGGCCCACUGGAGCCAGGGGGCCCUGGCGCCCGAGGCGGCCGAGCCCGACGGGGACCUGCCCAAGUCCUUCCUGCAGGACCUGAAGGAGCUGAAGGUGCUGGUGACAGACAAGGACCUGCUGGACCAGCACAAGAGCCUGGUGUGCUCGGCCCUGCGGGGGAAGAUCUCGGUCUACAACGAGCUCGAGGCCAACUUCAAGGUGAUCGAGCCGUGCCGCUCGGACAAGUGGAGCCCGGGGGACCUGCGGCUCUUCCUGCAGCACUACACGGCAGCCCCCCGGAACCUGCCGGGCUUCAGGCACCAGGCGCUCUGGGAGCGCUACAUGGCCGCCAUCAGCGCCUGCCUGCUGCGCAUGUUCCACGACUGAGCCGCACCCCAAAAACGGCAUGGACCCAAAACUGCACCCCAAAACCACACCCCAACAACGGGGGGGGCCCCAACGGCACCCCAACAACGGCAUGGACCCAAAACUGCACCCCAAAAUGGAUACAGACCCGAGAACAGCACCCCAAAACUGGCAUGGAUCCAGAACAGCACCCCAACAAUGGACACGGACCCCAAACUGCACCCCAAAACUGGCAUGGAGCGAGAACGCCACCCCAAAAACGGGGACAACCCCAAAGCUGGGGACAGACCCAAGAACAGGCACAGCCCCAAAACUGCGCCCCAAAAACGGAGUCAGACCAAGAACAGCACCCCAAAACCAGCCCCAGGACCCCAAAAACCGCACCCCAAAACUGGGCACCCCAAAACCGGGCAGCCUCCAGAGAGGGGACCCCAAAAAAAGGAGCGGGGUCCCCCCAAACCCGACGGGAGCAUCGAGACCCCCGAAUUUGGGGGGUUUGGAGUUUGGGAACCCCGAGCUCCAGGACACCCCAAAUGCAGAGGAGCCCCAAAAAUACGGGAUUUUGGAAUGGGGGGACCCCAAAAAAGGGGUGACCCCAAAAAAGGGGGGUGCAAUAAAGAUGCGGAAUCAGA